UUCUUUUUCUUCCUGAGAAAGAGAUCCGAAGAUGCCUGAGCCCGCCAAGUCCGCGCCCGCCCCGAAGAAGGGCUCCAAGAAGGCCGUGACCAAGGCGCAGAAGAAGGACGGCAAGAAGCGCAAGCGCAGCCGCAAGGAGAGCUACUCGGUGUACGUGUACAAGGUGCUGAAGCAAGUGCACCCCGACACGGGCAUCUCCUCCAAGGCCAUGGGCAUCAUGAACUCGUUCGUGAACGACAUCUUCGAGCGCAUCGCGGGCGAGGCGUCGCGCCUGGCGCAUUACAACAAGCGCUCGACCAUCACGUCCCGGGAGAUCCAGACGGCCGUGCGCCUGCUGCUGCCCGGAGAGCUGGCCAAGCACGCCGUGUCCGAGGGCACCAAGGCCGUCACCAAGUACACCAGCUCCAAGACCACAAGCAUACGGGAAGACCCUGAGGUGAGACACCUUGAACUGGAGUUACAAACGAAAGCCACCUUGUACAUGCUGGGAAACCUGAGAGACUGAAGAGGGAAAAAUCCU